AUGUCGAAACUUUCGAUUACUUUGCUUUUACAUCGACUUACGCCCAAUGAGCAACAACGACGAGUCUUCGCGGGAGGUAUGAUUGUCUCCGCGGUGUGGACGUUCGCAUCUAUCUUCGCCGUCGCCUUACAGUGCGAUCUCAGCCGUCCUUGGAUCACUCUUGACCAGACUUGCGCUAGCUCGGCGAGAAUAUGGUAUGCUGUCGGCGCUUUUGAUAUCAUUACGGAAAUUAUGCUCGUGGCGAUGGCGGCGUAUCUGGUGUGGGAUCUCAAGAUGAUAUGGCAGAGUAAAGCCACAGUUGUGUUUGGGUUCGCGGUCCGACUACUAAUGAUCAUCGCAAUCGGCCUGCGCUUAGCGGCUUUCGAUCCCAUCGGUCUCACCACAAACCCUUUCAUUCUCGAGGACGAAUUCAUUAUCUGGAUGCAAACCGAACUCUGCUUCGCCAAUGUGUCCGCUAGUAUUCCUACUUUGCGCGUGUUUGUCAACUCUCUAACAACAAGCUACGGAGGUUCGGGCGAGAAAAGAACGAGGAGCUCGAACAAAGACUACUCGUAUGGCUCGCAAGGCAGCCGGCGACAACGGACGGGCAUCAUGCUUUCGAGCUUGAAGGUCGGCUCACGACCGAAAGCUAGAGCGUCGGUGAUUGGGUCGAAUCUCAGGUCGAACAAUGAUGAGCUAGAUACCCAGUGGCCUGCCAAGAGUGCCGGAGAGGCAUACGAUUACACCAUCUCUGGAGCUCGACGUGAUAACCUCGGAGAUCGAAGUCAAGAGGCGAGCAGUAAAGGUGGUGGUGGGGUCGAUGCUAUAAGUGUCGGCAGUAGUGAGAGUCAACAGCGCAUGAUCAUCAAGAAGGACAUCACGUGGGAUGUGCAGAGUGAGAGGAAUUGA